AAAAAAUCUGUCUAUAGAGGAGAGAGAGAGCCUUAAGCUAGAGAGAGAAAUUUGGUCUAGAAGUUGAGCCAAAGUUUGGUUUAAGUUGUAGCUGUAUCAAACCUCUUCAAAUAUUAUCCAAAAUUUAGUUUAGACUAUAUUAAGAAAUAGCCAAAGAACCACCUGUUAUUACCAAUCUAAUCUCCUAAAAAAGAAGAAUAUAAGGAUAUUUCAGAAAGAAUACUCCUAAUAAACUUUCAUAAUCAGCACUCAACACAACUGUAAAACUAAUUUCCCACCCUUUUCCAGCAAAGAUUUGAUUCACUUUUUCAUUUUAAUUCACAUAAUCUAUAAUAAUUUAGAGAUAAAGAGUUAGACAUCAACUCCCUUCUUGUUAUAAAUACCCUCAUUCCCUCAGCCUUCAGUUCUUCCAUCCUCUCUUGGACCCAUCAAAUCUAAUUCAUCCUUCUUUCUUGAAAUAAAUUUUCCUCGAAUUUGGUCAUGUUUUCUAUGGUUUUGGCGAUUCACCCCUAGAGAUACAAUUGUGAUAUGAACUACACUCCUCAUGUCCUUCUCUACCAUUCUGUGUCAGUCCUUUUGCUAUAUUGGCUCUACGUGUUUUCUUGAUCAACCUUCUCGGAGGCCAUUGUAGAAAGUUGGGAGGAGAGUAAAAGAUGCCGUUUACACGAGCAGCGAGCUCAGGGUCUGAAAUCGAUGCAAAGUAUGCGUUGAUGGAGGAGAAGAAAAGGAAGAGAAUGGUGUCGAAUAGAGAGUCGGCGAAGCGGUCGCGAAUGAAGAAGCAGAAGAUGGUGGAAGACUUGGUGAACGAAAAGGGCAGGCUGUCGAGAGAGCUUGAGAACAAUAACCGACUCUGCUUGGAAAGAGAGAAAGGAUGGUAUGCAAAGGAGUUGGAGAACAAGGCUUUGAGAGCUGAAAAGAUGAGCUUGGUUCAGCGUUUGAGGUGCUUGCACUCGAUCAUACAAAAUCUAGGGCUUUCGACCAAUGCACCGAGGACUAUGCAGCCUAUUGUGAAUCCGAUGCAGCUUGUCAUUGCCUCGGCUGGAAAGUAUCCACAAAAUACUGCACAAUCUCAGGUUAAUGUCACAAAACUUACAAAACUAAGCACAUAA